AUGCGAAACCUGCUUUCUGACGGUGGGUUUGAAAUACGACAGUGGGCCAGCAACGUUCCUGCUGUAGUAGAAGAUCUCCCACCAGAUGCCCGUUCUGAUGGCUGUGAGCUGUGGUUAACCUUCGGGGAGACCAAUUCCACUGAAGGCACACUUGGAAUGUUGUGGGAGUGCAGUUCAGAUGCCCUGCUGUACCGCCACAGACCCAUCAGCUAUGACUGCCUCAACAUGAGGAAUAUGUAUAAGAUCCUCGCGAGCCAGUACGACCCUAUAGGGUACCUAACCCCAUUUACAGCCCGAGCGAGAGUCAUUGUCCAAGACCUGUGGAAGACGAAGCGCAACUGGGAUGAUCCACUUGAGCCGGGUGAUAUCAGAGACCAGUGGCAAGCCUGGGAGAGUGAACUUCCCCACCUGACUGGAGUGAAGCUUAACAGAUGCUACACACCACCAAAUGUCAAGACAGAGGCUGCCCAUCGCCAACUUCACAUUUUCUGUGAUGCAUCGGAGAGAGUUUACGGAGCUGUGGCUUACAUCCGAACAGAAGAUGAAGAUCACAACGCCCAUGUUAGCUUCAUCAUGGCCAGGUCCCGUGUUGCCCCCAAACGGCAACUCUCAAUGCCUCGUCUAGAGCUCUCUGCAGCCUUAGCCGGUGCCCAAUUAGCUGAUCUUGUCCAGAAAGAGUUGACUCUCCCUCUUGAUGAAGUCAUCCUGUGGAGUGACUCGACUACUGUGCUCACCUGGCUGCAAUCAGAAUCCUGCCGGUAUAAAGUGUUCGUUGGCACCCGUGUCGCAGAAAUACAGACCCUGACCGAUGUUGACAAGUGGCGGUAUGUCGACACCAAGAACAACCCCGCAGAUGACCUUACGAGAGGCAAAACCCUGGUUGACCUCAGCCAAGCCAACAGAUGGAGAGAUGGUCCUUCCUUCCUCCGGUUGUCUCCCGACACAUGGCCAGCUCACCCGUCUACACAGACAGAAGACCCAUCUGAGUUCAAGAAGUCAACCUUCUGCGGUGCUGUGGUCGUCAUUCAGCCCAAUUUACCUGAUCCAUCCGAACAUGACACCUGGAGUGACCUUGUUGCAGCUACCAUGCAGCAUCUUCAUGGGGCGGCCGAGGAUGCUGAUCCUACCAAGUUGGUUGAACAACGGGUAGAAGCCGAGAUGUUUCUUUAUCAGCGUGCUCAACAAGAUUCCUUCCCAGAGGAGAUUGCUUGCAUCCAAGCAGGCAAAGAGCUCCCCCGUGGUAGCAGACUCCUGCAGCUUGCUCCAGAGUAUGACGAAUCUUGCGGCCUCAUCCGAGUGGGAGGACGUCUUCGUCGUACCCAAGAUCUACCCAAAGACACCAAGCAUCCCAUCGUGAUGAAUCCAGCUCAUCCCAUAACAAAGCUUAUCAUCCGUGACUACGAUGAGAAGUUGCUCCAUUACGGACCUGAGCGCAUCCUGGCAGAGAUCCGACGUAAGUUUUGGAUACUACGCGGAAGAGAAGCAAUCCGAAAGCAUCAACGCCAGUGCUUCGAAUGCCAGAAGUGGAGAGCUAGCCCUCAAGUUCCGAAGAUGGGAGAUUUGCCUCCAGCACGCCUCCGCCUCUUCAAGCCUCCCUUCUACUCAACAGGGGUAGACUGUUUCGGUCCAAUGACGUGCAAGAUUGGGAGAAGGAGCGAGAAGCGUUGGGGGAUCAUAUUUAAAUGUAUGACCACCAGGGCCAUUCACCUUGACCUACUAGACAGCCUCGAUACUGACGCGUUCUUGAUGGCCUUUAGACGGUUCAUCUCCAGAAGAGGGAAACCAUUCGAGAUCCUGUGCGACUGUGGCACUAAUUUCAAAGGAGGUGAUAAUGAGCUACGGGACGCCUUUGCUGCCAUGGAUCCCAUCUUACAGCAGGAGCUUGCCAAGCACCAGGUCAAGUUUGUGUUUAACCCUCCGAAGGCUCCACACUUUGGAGGAACCUGGGAACGGGAGAUCAAGUCCGUGAAAGAUGGCCUGAGAGUUGCCCUGAAUGAGCAGUCCGUCCCUGAGUCAGUACUUCGCACCGUGCUCAUUGAAGUCGAGGGAAUCUUAAAUUCCAAGCCUCUGGGGUAUGUCUCAUCUAAUGUUGCAGAUCCCGAUCCAGUCACUCCAAACCUUCUGCUGAUGGGGCGGCAUGAUGCGACUCUCCCUCAGGUUGUCUAUCCUGCAAGGGAUCUACUUGGCAGACGACGCUGGAAGCAUAGUCAGGUCCUCGCUGAUCACUUUUGGUCCGGGUUCGUCAAAUCCUACUUGCCGACUCUCCAGGAGCGCCAGAAGUGGCAUACAGACCGUCCGAACCUGACCACCAAUGAUGUCGUUAUGAUUGUCGACCCAGCACUCAGCAGAGCUCAGUGGCCCAUCGGAAGAGUUGCAGAGACCUUUCCGGGUUCCGACGGUCGUGUCCGCACUGCCAGCGUGAGCGUUCGAGGUAAAACCUACACUCGCCCAGUGGCACGACUGAUUAGGCUUCCGGAGGUCAGUGACGACAACCUACCCGAUGGUGAACCCGACAACACCUAAACUGUUAACUUGUAUCAAUACUCUUGUGAUUCUUAGGGACACUUUCAGAUUUAGUAAAUUUUAUGCUCAAAUUUAGGGGCGGCUGUACGAAAGUGUCUAAGCGUUAAAUUGGUAUAGCGCCCUCUCGUGAUUAUGAAUCUAGAAAAUUCCAAAGUGAUUCCAAUUUUAGUCACAUUUGUCCUGAAAUCAUUCCAAUAAACCUCGCAAUUAUUCCUUCAAUCAAACGUAAAAUCCCAGGUUAACCCAAAUUUUCCUAAUCAUCUGUAUGCCGUCCAUCAGCGGCUGUGCGUAGAAGCUAACAAACCACGGCCUACCACACGGCUUACACAACCUCCAUUGCAGUUCACGGCUCCCAUUCCACGGCUUAAAGUCUUCAUCAGUAAAUUAACCUAAUCAGCUCAGCUACUAU